AUGGAGAGAUACAAAGUAGCUGAUGCGCGAAGAUUUGAGAAGACCAUAACCGGUAAAUUCGAAGCUGUAGUGGAAGAGGUGAAGAAGUACGAUCGGCAAAUCAGGAACUGCUACCAGAAAUUUCUUGACUACAAGGAGGAACCCCUUGCAUGGCUCAUGGCUCUUGACGCGUCGUUCGUGCUCGACUGCUUGCAGUGCUACGUCAAACGAGCGGAUCGCACUUCUUCGCAAGUGUCCCAGUUGGGUUCUAAAGAUAACGAGGAAGAAAGGCUCUGCAAUCUGGUGACUCUCGUCUGUCAAGAAUUGUUGCCAUUUAUGUUGAGGAAGCGGGAUAGUUCAAGGCUGUGCAUAAAGGAGAGGGGUCAUAUAUUGGAGGCGCUAUACUACUCUACAGCAAUAGACGACACCAUUUCUAAGAAGAAUGAUGACGGGAAUGUCUCUUUGCCGGACUCAACCUGCUUAAGGCGUGCUCUGAAACCUUUAUGGAAGGCUCUCUCCUCGUUAAAAAUCAGUCUUGUUCAAGUCUUCUCGGCACUCUCUGAGCGUGUCUUCAGCGGGAGGCCUGUCCAGUUGGCCACGCAGUUGUCCACGAAUCUUGUCUCUGCUUUUGAAACUCUAUCAAUUAAGCGCAUAGAUGAAAAGGAUGGUAAAACAGAUGGGGACAGAGGAUAUUCCUCAGUGGAAACUCCUCCGACACGCGACGAACUAGAAAUUCCCUCGGUCUCCGAAUUAUACUCAGCAGGAGUAACAUUGCGUCCGACCGAGGGAGAUCUUACCAGAAUUCGUUUCGAUCAGACCAGUGCAACUCUUUAUCUUCCCAAAUUGAGGUUGGAUUGCAGCACCGAAGUAGUUCUCAGAAAUUUGGUGGCUUUCGAAGCUUCGGUGUCUCCUGGUGAUUUGAUCUUCACUCGCUGCACUGAUUUCAUGAACGGUAUCAUCGACACAGUCGAAGAUGUUCAGCUACUAAGAAAGAGGGGGAUUAUCUACAAUCACCUGGAAGACGAGGGGAAAGUUGCGAGCCUGUGGAAUGGCUUGGGUAAAUGCGUCAAAUUGACGCCAAAUUGA